AUGUCCACAGAAAGAAUUCGAAAACGUAAUCGCCGACCGAGCGAAAUUGAGCAGAACCUUGAAGAUAUCACAUUAAUUUGGCUAGAUUCAAAUAUCGAUGAUUCUUCAGAUAGUCUUCAUACACAAUCUUUGUUAGAUGACUUGAACAAUGAUGUUCUGCUCUACACAGAUUCCGAACUUUGUAUAAAUUGUAUUCGAGCAAUCAUCAAAGAAAGAGUGUUUGUAAUUGUUGCUGGUACAUUAUCACAGUCUGUUCUUCCUCAGCUACAUUCAUUGGCAGUAGUCACUGCGAUAUUUAUUUUUUGCAAUGGUCAUAAAGGUAAUGUUCCACUAUUAAAUAAUUAUUCAAAAGUCAUCGAUAUUUUCACGGACCAACAAUCGUUGUUACAAUCUAUACGAAAAACUAUAUAUUUCGUAUUGAAACAAACACUUGCUUUCAGUUUAUUUGAUCAUCAAAAACAAAAGUCGACACGUGAUGUAUCCAAAGAUUGGGGAUCGUUCACAUGGUUUCAAUUAUUGAUCGAUAUUUUAAAACAAAUUCCUCAAACAGAGCAAGCCAAACGAGAUAUGCUCGAUAAAUGUAGAGAAUAUUAUGCGUUAAAUAAAACGGAAAUGAAAAGAAUUGAACAAUUUGAAAUAACAUACACCGAAGAUAAAGCUAUUGAAUGGUAUACACGCGACUCGUUUGUUUAUCGAUUGGUGAAUAAAGCACUGAGAACAGAAGAUGUUGAGCUACUUUAUCUAUUUCGAUUUUUUAUUGUUGAUUUAUCUUCACAAUUAGAGCAUGAAUGGCGGCGGUUGUAUAGUGGAAAAACAGAAAUAUUAACAUUGUAUCGUGGGCAAACAAUGUUAACUGAAGAAUUUGAUAAAUUAAAAAAAAGUGUUGGCAUUAUUAUUUCAACAAAUGGAUUUUUCUCAACAACAAGAGAUAAUCAAGUAGCUCUAGGAUUUAUUGCAUCACAUUCAAAUGAACAAAAACGAGUUUUAUUCGAAAUUAAAGUCGAUUGUCGCCUUCAAACAAUUGUAUUUGCUGACAUUGAGAAUUACAGUCAAAUGGAAGGUGAACAAGAGGUUUUGUUUGGUUUAGGAUCUGUCUUCAAAAUUGAUAACGUUAUGUUUGAUUCAAAAUUGUAUUGCUGGAAAAUUCAAAUGACAGCAACAGACGAGAGAUCACUCAAUAUUCAGGAUUAUGUAAAUGCAAAACGAAAACAAAUGGAUGAUUUUAGUCCAACGGUUUUAUUUGGACGUUUGUUGUUCUUAGAAUUAGGUCAAAUGGAUAAGGCUGAAAGGUAUUUUCGAAUGUUGUUGAAAACUUUACCACCUGAGCAUGAAGAUUUUGCAUCAGUUUGCAAUAAUUUGGGGAAUGUUUUCUACGGAAAACACCAAUUGGACCUGGCUUUUGACUGUUUUGCACGAGCAUAUAUUCUACGUCGACAAAGUUUACAUGCUCAGAAUCCUCAAAUUGCAGCAUCUUUAUUUAAUAUUAGUUGUGUUCUUCAUCUAAAAGGACAUCAUCAAAAAGCUCUGUAUUGCCUUGAGAAAUCUCUGAAUAUUUUGGAUAACAAUUAUCAUGAUGCCUGUCAGUUAAAAGCAACUGUAACCAAUGGCAUUGGUUUACUUUAUCGAGACAAAAAAGAGUAUAAAAGUGCAUUAGAAUAUUUCAAUCGAGCACUGGACAUGUAUAAACGACUACUACCAGAACAAUAUCCUGAUAUUGCAUCAUGUUUGGGUAAUAUCGGUUUAGUGUACGAAGAUCUUCUUGAUUAUGAUCAAGCUCUUGUUUAUUACCAUCGUGCAUUUGAAAUGGAUAAAAAUAUUUUACCUUGUGCUCAUCCAAACGUAAUUAAUGAUUUCAAUCGAAUUAUUGAUAUUUAUAAGAAAACAGGUGAAGAUGAUAAUGCUCUAGAGUAUUGUCAAAAAAUGCUAAUUGAACAACUAAAUAACGAACAGCAAAGUAAUAUAUUUAUUGGUCAUAUCGUAAAAAAUAUGGGAGAUGUUACGCAAAAUGUCAUCGAAUCAAUUAGUUAUUGCCGAAAAGCAUUGGCUAUUUUUGAACAAUUAUUAAAUCCAACUGACUUGGUAAUCAUUUAUUGUUUAAUCGAUAUCAGUCAUUUAUACUGGAAGUGUCACUUGUUUGAUGAUGCAUUAAACUAUCAAUUAAAAGCGUUGGAUAAACAGCAAAAAGUUCUGCAUGCGGAACAUUCAGAGAUUGUUUUAUCCUUAGAAAACAUAGGUAGAAUUUACUACGAUAUGCAAAAAUGGCAAGAUGCUGUUUAUUACUUCAAAAAGGCAUUGAAUAUACUUAAGUUAAACAUGAAAAACGAUCGUAGCAAUCUCGACGAUAUUCAAAGUCUUAUCACUCUGACUGAAUGGCAAAUGGAAAUGCAUAUACAAGAACGAUACGAAACAACAACAAAUGUUGUCAUCAAUAAUAACAAAUCAAACGCAGAAAUUGGUGCAACAGAAAACAUACCAACUAUUACAGCGGAGACUAAUUUGCCGAUGACAAUGCUUAGCUGCUUGCCUAAGUGUAAGAAAAAUGUUGGUACAAAGAAAAAAGCGAAAAAGCUUUGCAAUAUACAAUAA